AUGGCUGUGUACUAUUUUCGUAUGAAUGAUGUUACUUGUUCUCCAGCGGAUAGAUCUGACCUUGAGGUCGGCGAUGAAAUCUUAGAGGUCAAUGGUAAAUCUCUCCAGAAUGCUUCACAUGCAGAGGUCAUCAGCCACAUCCACCAGUGUGUACGAUCUCGGACGAUAUCGUUGAGAGUCAAGCGGAGAAUGGGAUUGUACAAUGGAGAACCAGAGCAGGACAAAAAGAAAGUACAAGAGGCCUACGUUAUCGCCGUCGAGCAGCAGGCUCGGAAUAAGAUCGCCAAACUCGCAGAGCACAACAAUGUCAACGCCGUCGACCUGUCCAACCUCCCACCACUAACCAAUGCUUCCGGUGAAGUGAUCAAUGGUUUCACCGAACCAACUCACAUUACAGAGGAUGGAUUCUCUGGUGGGCCUUCUGCAGUAGAGAAUGGUUUAUCAACGGACCUAGAUGCACCCCUUGUGAACGGGGACUUAAGCGGCGAGCCCACGAUAGAGGCCGUGAAACUGACUGGCGAGCACGCGGGUGUGGAUAUCACUACUAAGCUGAACGGAUUUCAUAAUGAGGGAUACAGUAGUAGUACGGACAGCCUCCCCGAUAUCGGACUGCAAAACAACGGCGUUAAUAUUGUAACCACCAGUGUCGCCGUCGAGCCGAACUUGGAAGAUACGGAAAGUGUGAAAUCCUACGAGUACCCGGAUUAUAACGGACAAGGGAAAACGAUAGAGGAGCCCCAGUUGGUGCGGAGCGUCGUCACCCCCGUAGAGAUUACCCCGUUGGCUUUGGAUAAACUAGACGAGCCAACCCAGUCCUCCAAGCAAACCCAAGAGAAUGAACCCGAGAUGGUUGUGCAGGCCGAAACCACACCGUCUAAACAAGAGAGGCGAAUGCCUCGUGAGGUGGCAGUGGACUGCCCGCCUGGCUUCGUGGCCGCUAGCGGCAUGAAGAACCCACCGCCCCAGUAUAACCACUCGCCGCCCCAUCAGAAUGGUGGCUCUUCCGUACCCAAUGGGACAGACAUUAUGCCCAACUCCCACCUGGGGAAACCCCAGAAGGGCGUGUCUAAAAACCAACGAACGGAGGAGCAGCUGGGGACCGACCAACGAGGAACUGAGCAACAGAAUGCCAGUCAGAAUAACAGUCAAGGUACAGCGCUUGCAUUCCAGCCAGUCAGUGCCAAAGCUCUCUUCGACGAGGAGUCCGACGCCAAAGCCAGUAUUGCUCCAACAAAUAAUAAUAACAGAAAAGCUAUCGAACUGUCCAAGCUCCUAGCCAACCUGGAGCACAUUCAGAGUAAGCUCGGCGAUGCAGACAAGGCGGAGAAUCUGGGAUUCCUCAACCAGCUCUUCCACAACGCAGACUUCCAGCAAGCGUUGAAGGUGCACAACCAGAUCACCAAUGUGCACCAACAGAAACAAGUGCCUUUGCCAGUAACUGGCAACGUGGAGCAGCUCGCUGCUGAGGUGAAAGCGGAGACUAAGGCCUCUUCCAGUCAUGAAGCAGAGGAACUUCGAGGGAUUUUGGAUAGGCUGGAAUUCAUGUCUCUACUGGAGACGCACGACAAGAUAGCCUCUAGAGAUCCCACGGUGAUGCUAGGACCUGAAGAGAUAAUAGAAGACGACCCAAACUCUGAGAUGGGGGAAGAUAACUCUGUCAAGAUUGUCCGCAUUGACAAGACAAACGAACCACUGGGUGCUACCAUUCUGAACGACGGGGAGGCUAUCCUGAUCGGUAGAAUAAUCAAAGGUGGAAUGGCGGAGCGGAGCGGUCUCCUCCAUGAGGGUGACGAAAUACUGGAGAUCAACGGCCACGACAUCCGAGGCAAAUCAGUCAAUGAAAUUUGUGAUUUAAUGAGUACACUCUCAGGUUCCCUUACAUUCCUGAUGGUUCCCACUAAGCAGCAUCAUAUCAAGCAACUACCAAAGGACAGCACGUUGAUGCAUGUGAGGGCGCACUUUGACUACGACCCUGAGGAUGACAUGUACAUACCCUGUCGUGAACUGGGACUGUCGUUCCACAAGGGGGACAUCCUGCACAUCAUUGCCCAGGACGAUGCCAACUGGUGGCAAGCAUACCGGGAAGGUGAAGAGGAUCAAACGUUAGCGGGACUCAUACCAAGCAAAACCUUCCAGCAACAACGAGAAGCGAUGAAGCAGACGAUGCCCGACGACGACGAACCGAAAAAGAAAUUACUCUGCGGUGGAAAAUCCAAGAAGAAGAAGAAAAAGAAAAAGCUGUACAAUGCCAAUGGAAAUGACAUCAACUGUGAAGAGAUUCUGACGUAUGAAGAAGUUGGCCAGUACAAUCCCAACCCAGAGAAGAAGAGACCCAUCGUGCUGAUCGGACCACCAAAGGUUGGACGGCACGAGCUCAGGCAAACAUUGCUGGAGUCUAAUGAGUGUUAUGCAGCUGCUGUUCCUCACACGAGUAGACCAAAGAAGGACCAUGAAGUACACGGUGUGGAUUAUUACUUCACUACGAGGCAACGCUUCGAGCAGGACAUCCUGGCCGAGAAGUUUGUCGAGCACGGCGAGUACGAGAAGAAUGUCUAUGGCACUAGCCUGGAGGCCAUACAAGCUGUUGUCAAUUCUUCCAAGAUCUGUGUCUUGAAUCUCCAUCCUCAGGCGGAGGAGUUCAGGCAUGGCAUGCGUAAAGCAAGAACAUUCCUGAGGUCUCUGAAAGUGCUGAAGAACUCCGACCUGAGGCCUUACUUCAUAUUUAUCUGUCCACCGUCUCUUGACCGACUCAGACAGCAACGAACAGAGGCUGGUGAACUGCUCAAGGAAGACGAGUUACGGGAGAUUAUUGAGAUGGGGCGUGCGAUGGAGGACUCGUACGGACACUACUUUGACUACGUCAUCAUCCAUUACGACCACGAGAGGGCGUACUCAGAACUUUUACAAGAGAUUUAUAGAAUACAAAACGAGGCUCAGUGGGUUCCCCUCACCUGGCUCAACAGCUAGGAGGUCAAAGGACGUUUUUAUAUUUUUUUUUAAUAAUGGAGAAAGUUCUCAGCUGUGGCCUGCAUUUAUAUGACAUCGCCCAUCAAUUUUUUUAUCACAUGGAAAGGUGAGAAUACUCGACACUGAACCUUGCCAAAGAAGACGCCUUAGAACGGUGGAGAAGUUGUUCUGGAGCUUCAAGAUCAUCAACUAUCGUCCAACAAGGAAACUAGAAAUGUUUUUGGAGCGUGUGUGAUGAGGAGCAUUACCGAAGCAGGCCAAUAGAGGGUGCUUCCAUUGGAUGGAUCGCUGGAUUUAAGAUGGCCGACUCAUAGACAGUAUCAGACAAGAUCCGAAUUGCUGUCUACAGCUUUGGCUUUUGCUAAGGACUACCAAUAUUUCAACGCAUGAUGACGUGGAAAUCUAGCUGAAGCCGCCAAUUCUGUCAUAGCCUCAUAAGCAAAUAUUAGUCAACUGAAGAAAAAACAACAAAGAAUCUAAUACACAAACUUAAAUGAUUUGGUUUUCUUGAAUUGUAAAAAUAAAACGGAAUGUGAAACAAGUAACAUUCCAAGUCAGUUGGUCACUGCACAACUUAACUCUUUUAAAAGGGCGAAAACAAAUUCCAGUUUACAAGUCGAAACUUUAAAAUGUUCGUACUCGCGUCGUUAUUGACCUGAGUGACCUUUAAGGAAUCGACACAAACUGUUUUGAAUUUUGCAAGCAGCAGUUACACUAACCCUCCUACUCUCUGACCACUUAAUAUCAUCCAUUGUAGUUUUGAUCGAUGGAUGAACUAUGCCAGCUUGCAGUAUGACAUCAUGUGGUGAAUGAAUGGACACAGAACACAGUAGUUCUGUUCACUGUCACCAUACAAAACCUUUGCAGGUAGUUCUGUGCACAGUUGAGCUACCAUACAAAACCCUUGCAGGUAUUUCUUUGCACAGUUGUGCCACCACACAAAACCCUUUUAGUCGAGUGGUUCUGAAGGGUUGGUCAACUCACUGGAGAAAGAUACAAAGAGUAGGAGGGUUAAACAGCGUUCUGAAUUCACGCCAGCUUUGAAGUAUUUCUUUAUAUUGUUCGGGUAGGGCAAAUUGUUUGAGAUGAAGAAGAACAAAAAUGGUAGAAAGUUGGAAUGUUGCAUCCAGAAACGGAAAAGAUGAGAAAAUAAAUGAACCAAAAGUGUCUUCCAUUUUCAGUGCUGCUUCAUUUAGUUACCCAGUGGUUAUAAUUCAAUGUGAUGUAUAGAUAUUGUAUGCACAGCUGGUAGCUUCAUUUGCAAAGUGUUAACAAAAAUUUGUUUGAUCAUAAUUGUCUCUUGGCAGCUUUGGUAAUUGUAAAAGACCAGUGUUCGGGCUGGUGUACACCAACAAAUGCUUAAAAUAACAAAUCUUGGAAAAGUUUGACUCAUCUGGUCAUCGAAGAUGCAAGAGAAUAAUGAAAGAAAAAAGACCCUUGUUGCACCAAUCAGAUGCCUAACAAGAAGCUGCAGGCCUGAAGUAUGACCUUAAAAAAGUUGAAACCUUUUGGACGGCAAAAAAAGCAGACAUUACCGGAGAUGAAAUGGAAAAGUGAUUUUUUAAUCUCACAAUAAGAGAUCAUUUUGUUAAGAACUAUUUUUCUUCGUUGUUGCUUUUUAGCCGUGAUCGGCUGACUGCAGGAUGUCAUUGUAACAAAAGACAUUCUUUUUGACCUUUGCAUUGUGUGCGUACAACCUUUUCUUAUUAGCAUCCAAAUUGGUUAUUUCUAAGGGCGAACAACCUAAAACUUUGUUUUUACUCAGAAAAUUCAGUAAUUCCAAGUAUAAUUUUGAUUUCACCAUCACCAAUAAUACAGGCCAGAUACUUCAAGGAGGCAACGAAGGCAACUGCCUCCAUGCCCCCUUGUCAUUGCCUUGGUGCCCUUAAAAUGCUA